UUUUAACUGGUGAAGAAAACGUCAUUGCAAAAGUGACGCGUUUUUAACGGAUUUCUAUAUAUCCCGACUUUUUCACAUUUUAAUACAUUCAUCAUGACUGGCCGUGGAAAGGGUGGAAAGGGCCUUGGCAAGGGUGGUGCCAAGCGUCACCGCAAGAUUCUUCGUGACAACAUUCAGGGCAUUACCAAGCCUGCUAUCCGACGUCUCGCUCGUCGUGGUGGUGUCAAGCGUAUCUCUGCCAUGAUCUACGAGGAGACCCGCGGUGUUCUCAAGUCCUUCCUCGAGGGCGUCAUCCGUGAUGCCGUCACCUACACUGAGCACGCCAAGCGCAAGACCGUCACCUCGCUGGACGUUGUCUACGCUCUGAAGCGACAGGGCCGCACCCUCUACGGUUUCGGUGGUUAGAGCGUUGGACGCGUUGCUUUGUGUCUGCGCGAUGGCGAUGUGGAGCUGGGGUUAUCUGUGCAAAUAACAUGGACUCUUCUGUACUUUGAUCGAUUGGCGUUGGGGGAAUGGGCUUACGAGGAGGCGUCAUGGUAGACGACCUUAUAAAUGAGAAUACCACAUGAAUACAACUACGAUAAUCAUUCCGUG